AAAAGUUGUUGUAUGGUAUAAUGGGAUUAUACCAACUUACCAACCAUCGUUUGUUUGUAAUUUUAACUGUUUAUACUAUUACUUACACUAUUUAUUUAACAAAACAUAUUAGUGAUAAAAUGUUAUUAUAUAUAUUUUAAUUUAUUUAAAUUGUUUAUGCCUCUUUAAGUGGUUACACCGCUGAUUAACCCGAAGUUUAGAAAAUUGAGUUUAGUGAUUUGCUGUGUCUUCUACGACUUCCUUAGAGGAAAAAAGCUGUAGAAUCUAGAAGCGAAGUGAUACAUUAUUUAAUAAAAAUAAAAAGUUAUUUUCAAUAUGAAUGAUCCCAGUUUAAAUGUCAAGACAGAACCAAAAGAGGAGGGCGAGCUAGAUGAUUCUUUUAUUUCUCUGGACACAAAUGGCAGCAUAAAAAGUAGUGAACAAAGUCAUAUUGAAAAUAUUGUAAAGCCAGAUCCAGACAGUCCAUGUCCCGACAAGAGUCAAAUGAAUUCAAAGAAAAGCACAAUAGAUAGCUGUGUUAGGAUAAAACAAGAACGAGAAGAUGAAGUAGAUAAACAGAAGAGAAUUAAAGAUGAAACAACAACUGGAAUAUUAAGUACACCUAUUAAAACUGAACAGUUUCGUGAUGAGUCAAAUCCUUCUCCUUUUAACAAAGAGUUGUUUCAAAAUUUUACGCUACAUAGCCCUGGAACCAAGGACUGGGUGGACCUGAUGGAUGACGAACUGAGACAAGAUAGGAAAAGAGCUGUAAAACGAGUAUUCACUGAGCCAAUAAAAAAAGAAAUUAGCUCUAGUUCUAGUUCGUCAAGUGGAGAAUGGAAAACUGGUAGUGAUGACAGUGAUGAAGAAUUAGAAAUACCUCCUCCCCCAAAGAUGACAAAGAAUGAUAUACGAACUGUAAAUGGAAAGCUUCCAAGAAAAAAACCUAAGGAAUACGAGACUGAUCAAGCCGUACUUGCAAGAAGACAGAAACAAAUCGAUUACGGCAAAAAUACUCUUGGAUAUGAUGAAUAUUUAAAGCAGGUUCCAAGAGAUGAAAGAACGCCUGAGCAACCAAAAACUCCAAAUAAAUAUAUCAAAUAUUCCAGACGCGGUUGGGAUGGAUUGAUAAAACAGUGGCGCUUGCUUCUACAUCAGUAUGAUCCAUCGGAAGAAUCUAAUGAGCCGAAAGACGAACCUAAGAAGGAAAUAGAAGCUAAAAAUAAGAAUUAACUUGUUAGCUGUAACUUUUAUUUUUAGUGUAGUCUCAAAACAAGAUUGUAUAUAAUUGCGAAUAAUAUAAGAGAAUAGUUUGUUUGGAAAUGUUUUAAAUGAAUUUUAGUUUUA